CAAGAUGGCGGCAGGUACCAGAGCACAACAAUAACAUGGGUGACAAAGACGGUUCUAAGAAGAAGAUCUUUAGUGAAGUGAGCUACUUUCUCGCUUCUGAAUGCAGCGAAGAGGUCCAGCAAAGUCUUAAACWAGGUGGUGCYACCAAGGAGUUUUAUAUCAGUGAUUUAGUAACUCAUGUGAUAUCAGACUCAUGUGAUUUUGCUUUGGCUGAUGAAGCAAAAGAGUACAAUUUACCAGUUGUUACGGAAAGCUGGGUGAAAAUGAGUUUAAAAGCUGGAAAAAAACUACCUACACAACCAUUUUCACCAAAAUCUGGCAACCAACUGUUUACAAACAUGAGGAUAUGYCCCUCAAAGCUCCCUGGUGAUGACUUAACCAAAGUCUGGGCCAUGGUAACAUUUCAUGGUGGAUUUUGUCAGCUAAACUUGACACCAUCGUGUACUCACCUUGUCAUCCCCAAAGCCACUGGAGAAAAGUACAACAUGGCUGCAAAACURGAYGGMAAGAUAAAGAUUGUCACACCRAGUUGGGUUGUAAGCUGCAUCAAGGAAAAUAGACUCCUGGAUGAAGGCCUUUUUGUCCCUGUAGAAGAACCAGAAAAAGAAAAACAAGAGGAAAGUUCUGAGAAGGGAAAYUCUGAUAGCCAAGAAACAGUUGAYGAUGUGCUGGUUGUAGAACAAACUGCUACUACYAGUGACCAGUUAAAAACCUCUGAAAGCUCAAAGGAUGAUGGCAGAAAGUUGCCACAAGAAGAAAGUUGUGUUGAAGAAGUUAAAGARCCUUGCACACCCRUUGCUACUACAGAAAAGAAAGUUAUAGAUAGCAACACAUUGAGUACUCCUACACAAGCUCUGAAUGCCUCUGUAUCUAAAGAAGCAGAUAAAGAGACAAAGAAGAGCCCAGYUAGAGAGGUCUUUGAGAUAAAGGAAACACCRGUGAAGACUGAAGGAGAGUCRWCUGAUGCAGARCCACUGGAUAGUGUACUUACAUCCAGGCAUGAAGAAUGCUCUGGGGAGCAAAAGAAACAUGGCRCURCACAGGAUAAGACRGCAGAGACUGACAAAAAGAAUGGUAAUUGUCAGGAAAAGGAAGGUGCGAAAGGAACAGAAAAGGUGGACAGUUCAGUUGACAGUGGGUCAUCAUCUCUUCUUUCUGGGUGUGUAUUUGUGAUAAUAGACUACCAAAACUGCAUGGACCAUAGUAUACUAAACACAUGGAUAGAGGUUAUAAAGUCCAAUGGUGGUGAGGUACAUAUGUUCUACUCACAGGAUUGUACACACGUUCUUUGCUUGUAUCAACAAGGGAAGCUUUGUAUAAAGGCAUURCAAGAUGGAAAGAAGGUCAUUACAGCACACUGGUUGAAUGAUGUUUUGACUGAGAAAAAAAUGUCAGUACCAUCAAAGGCCCUACAUUUCCCACAACCAUUUGAAGGGAAGCUUCCACAGUGCAAAAACAUGACCAUCACUGUUACUGGUUACACAGAUACAGAAAGAUUACUGGUUAAAUGCUGAAGGGACAAAGUACAUUAAAGCCAAAGAAUGGGGUAUCCCAUGUGUCAGUGCGAAGUGGAUAGGCGAUAUUCUGUCAACCGGUAAAGUACCUCCAUGUGCCCUCAAAAAGUACUCACUUUAUGGAAAAGAGGACGAUUUGAUAAUUACAAAGGAAAAUGUCAAGGAUUUGCUAGAGCCAUGGAAGGAUGAUAUUGGAGCCGAGGAAUCCAUACAGAAGAAAAGAAAACUAGACGGAGAACACAAGGAUUCUGAAGUGCAGAACCAGCCAAAAAGACAAAGAUUGUCAAAUUCAGUAACAGUUGAAGUCAACAGCAACAACCCACAUGUGUUAUUUACUGGUUUAACAAUCGGCAAAUCGGCAUCUUUAAUGAAGAUGUUAGAGCAGCUUGGAGGUGUUCCUGCUACUUGCCCUCGUACCUGUACCCAUCUUGUGGCUACUAAGAUCGUUCGUACAGCCAAGUUUUUGUCCGCCAUCUCUGUCUGUCAAUUCAUAGUUACUCCAGAAUGGUUAGAAAAGAGUUUCGAAGCGAAAAAAUUCUUAGAUCCAAGGCUUUUUUCUCUCAGAGACGAGGAAACAGAAAAGGAAUAUAAUAUGGAUUUGCUUACGUCCAUAAAAAGAGCUCAGUGCAAGCCAUUGCUUCAAGAUAUUAAGGUUUACGCUACACCUAACGUACAGCCGAAGCCAUCGUCCUUGAAAGAGAUUGUAGAAGCCGCAGGCGGCCAAUUUAUAACAGAUUCUGUAAAGAAGUCGACGUUAUCGUCUUUUAAGGCAUUGAAAACUAAAGAGGGCAAACCAGGUUUUAUCGUUGUUACUUGCCAAGAAGAUUUAAAACACUGUAUUCCUUUCAUACGGCACGGCAUAGAUAUUCAUAGUACAGAGAUUAUUCUAGCGGGCGUGCUAACGCAAAAACUGGACUUUACAGCAUAUAAAGUUCAGUUUGUAAACUGACUUGGAAAAUACAACACUAAGUUAAUUSCAAGAAUAUGCAAAGAAAUCAUGCAAGCGAGCGAUUGGAAAAACCUGCCAAAUAAACGAGUACUGAGAUGGUUAAGAAUGUAUCUUAUCAAAACUGUAUAUUAAAAGGAAACAUUACAUGAAAGAGAAAAUUGAAAAGAAAAUAGAAUAGAAGGAAAAACUAAUGGKAAAAGAUGAAAGAAGAUAAAAGAAGAUGAAAACUAAAGAGAWAGACGAUUUAGAACCUUAAACAUGCAUGUUCCAAGUCUUGUUAAGUACAAAAUGCUUAUACAUUGUUAGCUUCUAUAUUAGUCAUUUAUUUUUUCAAAUCUGAUAUAGAGGAUAUUACAUGGGCGCGCGGAGAUACGGAUUUUAUCUUCGARUGUUGAUAAGAUCUCUGACGAGUGAGCGUARCGAAAUAAAAUUCGUAUCUCCAAGUGACCACGUAAUAUUCUGAUUACCAUAUAAUUAUAUAUGAAAACAAAUKAMUUCCUAAAAUCCUUUUUUUAGUUAUGAUUAAUAUGCAGAGAAACCUCGAAUGUGUUAUUUUCAACUUUUCGGAAGAGAAAAAUGGACUAUUUCAUAGAUAAUUAUAUGGUAAAGUGUAUUAUUUUUUAUAUUUUAUUGUAAAAUGUUAAGUUCUUAUUCAUUUCUACCGACGAAAAUCAGGAGCGGAAGAUCUGACACAUUUGUUUUUUAUGAAUUUAUUGUCCUUCUGUUGUUAUUGUUAUGUUGGUUUUGUGUUGUGCUUGGUGCAUUCGUUUCCUUGGCAAUAUGGCCGCUGUUUCUUAAUUUUGUGUAUGUCGUUGUUUUUCUAAUUAUUCAAGGAAUACUUUAUAAUUUACCAUGUACAGGCCAUAUAUAUUCUAUAUUAAGCUUUUUCUUUGACCAAGUGAUUGAAUAUUUUAGGAUWAGAAUACAGUAAUGUAACAAAUAUAAAUGUGGCGUUGUGUUUUAGUGCCGAAACUGUGAGCGACUCAAAAAUACGCUUGUCCUGAAGAAUGGUUUAGGUUUCUGCACCGUAAAUUCAAACUGUGAUUAAAUUCUGCUGWUCUUUUGAUUCUAAAA